UCUUAUUUUAUUGAAUAGAAAUUUUAAUAAUUUACAAUUUCCAUAAUACUUAAAAAGUGUAUGUUAACUGUAGCUCUAGCAUGUUGUAAUUGGUCUAUUCGCCAUUUAAUGGCUGGUGUUGAUAGCUCUUCACACACCAGCCCUGGUUUGACAUUUAUUUAAAAUUUUCUUAUUGGAAUUAACACCAAAAAAAUAUAUAUUUUUAUCUUUGUUCAUCCGCCAUGGACUUCAUCGAAAGCGAAUUGUGCGACAUACGCGCUAAAUGCGAACAGAAAAUAGCAGAUAGCAAAAUAAUAAGCUGCAGCUCAACGCUGGUGCGAGUCGACCUGCUGCCACACAGACCAAAUCGGACGUUGACGGUUUGUUUACGUUUUCCCGCUGAAGAUUAUCCGAAAACGUCGUCGAUUUUAGUGGAGUUGAAGAGCCGGGCUUAUUCUGAGAAAUUACACGCAGAACUGACAAGACUUAUAGAUGCGUAUGCUAGGGAGCAUUUGGGUGUGCCGCAGGCUUUGUUAGUAUUGAGUUUUGCUCAGCAAUAUUUAUUGGAUAAUCCACUCUGCGUUUGCCUGGACGAGAUUAAACAGCUGCGAAUAGAUUUAAAGAGCGAAGAGCAACCACAGAACACAAGCAGUCAGUUAAAGUUGAAGCAGCGCACAAGUAGCGUGGAAUUGAUAGCUCGCGGCGGAAAUUAUGUUUACCGGGUAACAGCCGCGGUGCCCGACUCGUAUCCCAAUCAGUCCGUGGAGCUGCGUGGCCAACAAUCAAAUCUCCCGAAUGUAUUGAUUCGUUAUCUCAACGGGCAGUCGCGUGAGAUAGCUCGCCAGUGCGUGGAGCCACCGUUGCGCCUUACCAAGGAUCAGUUGGCCAGCUUUCAACCCGUGCGCAGCCUCUAUCGAACGCUCAAAUUCUGCCUGGAAGCUACGCGGGAUUUCCAUCGAGAAUUGUGUCCCAUUUGUGAUAAAACCGUGCUGCAGAUGGACCCGGAGUCUCUAGUGCUAGACGAGCAUGCGGAUGGCUUUGUGGAACGUGUCUAUUGUGGCCACCUGUUCCAUCAAGGCUGCCUUAAGCAUUAUUUAUCUGAGCCGCCGUUUCCAAAAGGAGGCAAACUUUGCCCUGCCAAACGGCGACAUCCACGAUCCGAUGCACAAACAUACAUGGGCCGGGGAGGAAAUACAGCAGCCACAUCCACAGGCCGAAAGCAGCUGAUAGAACCUGGCGUGUGUGGCAUAAAGCUCGCUCAUGAUCGCUGGGUGGUGAAUGUGAAAACAGCGGAGGCGCGCUGGGCACAGAAGCAAGCGAGACAAAGGGAGUUAGAAGAAGUUGUCGAUUUUCUACAGUAGCUUACGUUAAAAUGGAUUGGAUG